AUUCAAUGUAACACUCAUUCCGUACCCUGAGGUGUCACAUGCUAAACUAUCCGGCCACAGCUGACAGCAAUGGAGGGUAGACCGAACAGAAGCAGAGGAGGUUGUUGGAGAAGAGGUGGCCGGGGUGGAAACGACAGCGACAGUUUUGGCGGCGAACACCGGGGCAGAGGGAGAGGAGGCCACCACCGCGGCCGGGGUAAAAGAGACCACUACCGCGGUCGCGGACGCGGCGGAGGCGCACAUGCAGCGGAGUUCCAUUCCCGGGAUCAGGAUGAAGGGGACAACUGUCAGGAGGAAGAUGGCAGGAUGGAGGUGUUCUCCAGGAGGAAACUGGAGUCAAACUGGGACCGUUACGAGGUGUCAGAGAGGCAGGAGCCUGAUGAUGACACGCCCACUCAGAGAGGAACAGACUACCACGUCCUGCUGGAGACAGCAGGAGAUUCGUUCACUCAAUUCCGGUUUUCAGAAGAAAAGGACUGGGAGAUGGACUCAUCUGCAGCCAGUCAGAUGUCUGCAGUGUUUGUGGACCUCCCAUCUCUCGCCCAGAGCCUUCAACAAGUGCCUCUCCAUCAGAGACUCAACCUGGAGGUCGAGCUGGUUCAGGUCUCGACACCAGUAGAGCUGCCCUCUAUGACCCUCACCCCUAAACAGGAGAUGCCCAAAGUGUCCACUCCUCCGUCUGUAGCUUUAAAAGUCCUCAGCACCAGCCAGAAAGCCCCCGUGGCUACAAACCCAGCGUUGGUCUCCUCGAGCGCUGCAGAGCCGCUAGUGGAUGAUGUUGAUGAAGAGCUGGACCAGCUGCUCAGUUUACAGAAACCAGUCUUAGAUGUUUCAGGAAACCAGUCUGUCAGUGUCGCAGAUGGGAGGAGUGCGGUUCCACAGAAAGUGUGUGAGGAAGUGAAGGAGGUGAUAGAAGAGAAGAUGGAGGAGGUGAAAGACAAUGAUGUCACACCUCCCAAGUCUGCUUCCAUCAGGCAGGAAGUGACAGAGGAGGACCUGGAGGACUGGCUUGACAGCAUGAUCUCCUGACCAGCACCCACCAGGGAAGACAGAAGAGGUAUAUAAAAGAAACUGGACUUUAACUUGUAUCUCCGUCCAUUAAAAUUCGUAUCAGAACUUUAAACAUUUAGCCUGAUGAAUUAUAAAGCUGAUUAUAAAGUUAACAUGUUAGAUUUUUCUUUCACUUUGGCCUCCUUUGCCUAUUAAAAAGUGGCAGUCAAUUUAUUAGUAUAUCCAGUUUCCAGGCAUGAAUGGGUGACAAUAUGUUUAGAGGUCUAGAGACGGGCCAGUACGUCUCGAACAUUUGUGAGAACGUGUCAGAAUGUUCCCUCUGCACUUCAUGUUUCAGAGAAGUGAUUAUCUGUUCCUUGUGUGGCUGUGAAAGUUACGCACCACAGGAGUGUUGCCAUCAGAGGGAUCUCAGCUGCCCAAGGGACGGAUGACACGUUUGGUUUAUUGCGUCAAUUACUUUAUUCAUUUCCUCCCCCUCAUCAAAAGAAAUGCAGUUUACCAAAGCUACUACAUACAUACAAAUGGCCAUACAAUAGCAGUUAACCAUUUUGUCGUCAAUAAAUCCUUGAAGUUUUGUUUUUUCAUUUUUCUCUGAUGUGGGGCUCUUCUACUGUGGAAAGAAGUGCAGGCGGGCAGGACACCACAGCUUGGAAACCAAACUAAGCAACAUUUACACAAGGAUCAUCUAGAUUUUAUACAACAAUUUUUUUGAAAUUUUAUUUAAAAGCCACAAAACUAGCUUGAGCUAAAUCUGCUUGUAACUAAUCCAGAACUAGAGCACUGCUUGUGUCAGGAGGAACACAAACGAUUACUUUUUUUUUUUUGCAUAGUUUCUCAUAAGGCACAUCGGCACUUGAUAAACACCUACAGUAAAUCGCCUGGUCCUGGAAGAACCAUCUUCUGUAACUCUUUAUUUCAUUUGACAGGUUUGAAAGGCAGAUCGGGUCUCACUCAUGUCAUUUGAUGUUAACUGGAUCAGUAGUGAUCAAUGCUAGCAGCACACAUCCAUCCAGGUGGUUUGGUAAUAAGUGACACUAACAUCCUGGCAUUAAUCUAGAAAUUGUGCAUAUUCAAACAUUCAGUUGUCAUGCUGUAACCCUCCACGUGUAUCAAAUGUCUACACGCAACAAAUUGUGUAACAGGUUGGGGUUAAGCAAGUGAAAAGGCAAUGUGAAUCAAAAUAAGAAUUUGCAUAAAAGAGGCGUCGUGGUAAGUGACUUUUUUCUGUAACAAGGAAGAGGACUUUGAUGCACAAACCUGAAAUGUCCAGUUGUUCUUCUUAAAAUUAUGUUUUGUGUAUCUGAAUUCAAAAUGAUUGAUUUUGACACCAUGGCAGCAGAGAAAGUCCGGCGAGUGUUCAGGAUAACAGGGUGAAGUCAAGUUCAGUGUCUCUUUCAGAUAAAAGGAAAGUAUAGAGGGGUGUUUGGGGCACCAGACUAGUAGCUGCCCUCUCUAACCCAACUGGUCCUCAUAUUGCUUACGGAAGCAGUCUCCAGUAGGGAAGAAGUCCCAGCAUCUUUCCUGGUACAUCUUCCACACAUACGACUCCUGCAGGGGGAAAAAACAAAACAAAUCUGCUGAGAUAAUAUCUGAUGAUGGGCUAGGAGACUACAAAUUAAUAACAGACAGCCUGUGUUGCACACUGGGGCCUAUUGUGUAUGAAUGAAUUGGGCAUUUACCAGAUAGCAUGUCUUUGUUAGACCCUCUCUAUCGGUUGCAUUGUGGGAAAUCACGGAUCCAGCAGCCAAUUGUAAAUUUAAUCCAAUACAUUCAAAUACAAAGUCAACACUAACAGCUACAUUGUUGGACUCACGAUGGACAGUUAAAAAAAAAAAAAAGAGGAUCCAAAUCGAUGCAGAAGAACAAGCGAUAGUGUUUUUAAUUCCACACAUUCUUCUUGUCAAAACCUGCCGCCUACAUUACCCACAAUGCAACUCAGCCAACAACAUGCUAAUGUAGCCUCGAGCUGCUAGCUUUAAGCAGUGAUGAGGAGUGGUCUGGUAAGCUCACUUCUUUCUAACUCCACACCCCCUGAUUUUUUUCAUUUUCAUACUUUUAGUCUUCAGACCCAACUGACGCUGACUCAAGUGACAUCAUUUGAGGCAAUGUAUCCAAUUUUGUGCACAAAAUGCUUUAUACAACUUUUUUCACGUAUGCAGUAGUACUGUAAAACACGUGUGAAAGCUCAGUUUGCAACCAUUUGAAUACUCUCCUCCCCCUCCAAGCGUGUAGGAGAAACUACGGUGCAACAUGGGGACCUGCUCCCUAUAGAUAAAAACGGCUUAUUCUAAUGGUAAUGAAAACAAAAAUAUUAUAUUCCAUUUCUGCCAAUAGCUCCUCCUAAAUGUUACACACUGGACCUUUAAGUAAGUAGACCUGGCAACAGUUAAUGAAUGACACCUGCUCAGGGAAGUAUAAGUAAGUUACAGCCCAUACUCAACAUUGUUACUAACUUGUAUGGUGCAGUUUAAGGCCCAGUAUGUAACAUUUAGGAGGAUCUAUUGGCAGAAAUGGAAUAAUAUUUAUGUUUUUAUGUACAGAGGGAGUGGGUCGCCAUGUUGCACCACUAUGUUUCUACAGUAGCCCAGAACGGACAAACCAAUCACUGGCUCUAGAUAGGGCCUUUUGUGGCCACCGUAGUUUCUCCUACACGCUUGGAAGGGGAGGGUGAUCCGAGCAGUUUAAAUGGUUGCAAGCUGCAUUUUCAACGCUAGAUGUUACUAAGUCCUACACACUGGACCUUAUACGUUAUAGCAUAACUACCAUGGGAAGAAGAGGACCAAACAAACUUCAGAGACCCUCUCAGUGUUGGCAGUAUACCUCAGGUAAAAUUAUGUUAUGUUUUUUUUGUGUAAUUUGCAGCCCAAUAAUUUGUAUACCACAAUAUCACCAAAUUGCUCCGAAAGUGAUCCCAACGAUGAUAUUUGCUACUAUUGUAGUUAUAGUUGUGGUGUGGAUGGCCCAUAAGAACCCAAGAUACUGCGGUAAGUUAAUACAUCAUAAGUAUGUUUCAUCCAUCAUUUGGAUUAAGAUUAUUAAUAAAUCCUGUCUUUAUUUUCUGCAGAAAUACUGAAAACUGAAUUGUGUUUACAAUUUGCGACUUUUUCCUCUACGAGUAGCUAAAUUUGUGAGAUAAGAACAGUGCAUGCACAUCAAAUAAAAGCAACUGGCAUCUCAGGUGCACGACAAUAACAAGUUAAUAUCAAAAAAGUCAAAGUGAACCCACGCAUUGCUUCUUCCUCCUGCUAAGCUGAACUUAUGCAACAUAACAAGUGGGUUGAAAUGUUGCACAAGUAAAAACCUACUGAAGUUUCUGUAACUACCUUUGCUGUCUUGAGAUUGAUCAGACAUAAGAUACAUGAUAUAAAGCAUCUCAGAAAAUGUGAAUGUAAAAGUGAAUUGAAGCUAAAAUAUAGUAAACUCUUGUCACAUACCUGA